GUCCACAGUCUCUUGGUCAUCUCCUGUACUGUCUGCAGUCUCUUGGUCAUCCCCUGCACUGUCUGCAGUCUCUGGGUCAUCCUCUGCACUGUCUGCAGUCUCUGGUCAUCCCCUGUACUGUCUGCAGUCUCUGGUCAUCCCCUGUACUGUCCGCAGUCUCUGGUCAUCCCCUUCCUGUCCGCACUCUGGUCAUUUCCUGCACCGUGUCCGCAGUCUCUGGUCAUCCACUGUACUGUCUGCAGUCUCUGGUCAUCCACUGUACUGUCCUCUGUCUCUUGGUCAUCCCCUGUACUGUCUGCAGUCUCUGGUCAUCCCCUGCGCUGUCCGCAGUCUCUUGGUUCCCUGUACUGUCUGCAGUCUCUGGUCAACUCCAGUACUAUGUUCGCAGUCUGUGGUCAUCUCCUGUACUAUGUGCGCAGUCUCUGGUCAUCUCCUGUACUGUCCGCAGUCCCUGGU